AUGAAAAAAAAUUUUCAAAGUUUUAAAAAAAAAUCAACUGAUUUUGGUCUUAAAUUUGAACCACAAUAUGCUUAUUUGGAUUUUGAAGUUGGAACAAUUAAUGCGUUGGAAAAAAUAACUGGAUUAACAAGUAUGUAUGAAAAUAAUGAAAAAGUUAAAAUUUGGUUGAAGAGUUUGAUGGCAUUACCAUUAAUAAUGAACAAUGCGGUUGAUUCUUCUAUUGAAUUAUUGAUUGAAAAUGUACCAUCAUCUGAUAAAUUACUAAUUGAAUUUCUUGAAUAUUUCAAAAAUCAAUGGGUAACACGUAUACCAAUAAAAUAUUGGAAUUUAGGACUAAUACAUCUUCGAUGUAAUAAUAGUGUAGAAGGUACAGUAUGUUUUGAGGGUACAAUUAUAGUUGAAAUGUUAUGUAUUAUUUUUAUUGUCAUUUUAGGUUAUAAUAAUCGUCUUCAAUAUCGCUUUGGCGUGCAUCCAUAG